UGCAAAAUCGAAUCGGCGAGACCUCAGUUUCGAAAUCGAUCGCGGAGCGAGGCGAUCGUCUUCCCAUGGCGUCGAAGCACCCUCUCGAAUCGCCGGAGUUGGACCAAGCGCCGGCUUCGAAAAGAUACCGUCCGAAGGAGAAGGAAGCUUCCUUCCGUCAGGAUCCUAACCGCGCUGCAGUUCGGGUCGAGCUCAACCCGGCCGACUGCGAUCUAGAUUUCAAUAUUGAUAAACAUGGUCUUCAAGGCCAUGCAUUGCAUGAAGAAGGAUUUGCAUAUUGCUGGUCUGGUGCCCGAGCAACUGUUGGAAUAACUGGAGGGAAGUAUUGUUUUGGCUGCAAGGUGAUAUCGGACCAGGAAGUUGACAUGGCUGAUACACCUCCAGAUCAACAACAUAUAUGCCGUGUUGGUAUAUCAAGGGGCGACGAGCCUGUUGGUAGCCUCGGUGAGACGAUCAAGAGUUUUGGCUUUGGUGGAACUGGUAAAUUUUCAAAUGGAGGGAAGUUCUCAGACUAUGGGUCUAGAUUUGGUGUAGGUGAUACUAUAAUUUGCACAGUGGACCUUGAAAAAAAGCCAUUGCCUUCUAUUGGGUUUUCCAAAAAUGGGAAAUCAUUGGGUGUUGCUAUGCAUUUUGAUGCGAGCUCAAUAGGUAUUGGUGCAUCAGCGAUGCCACCUGGGAGUCGACCAUGGGAAUCUGCAUUUUUUCCCCAUGUACUUUUGAAGAACGUUGUGGUUCAGCUGCAGGUUAACAUUGAAGAUGGAUUGAUCCCUGAGGAAGGCUACAAACCUUGGGCUGCUGCUUUUGAGGAUGGGAAUGCAGUAGUUGGGCCAUCAUUCACAAGCCCAAGCACAUGUGAGGUGAUCAUGAUGGUUGGUUUACCUGCAUCUGGGAAGACAACAUGGGCAGAGAAAUGGAUGACGGAGCAUCCUGAGAAACGAUAUGUUCUUCUUGGAACAAAUCUCGCAUUGGAUAAAAUGAAGGUUCCAGGUCUCAUGCGCAAGAAUAAUUACGGAGAACGUUUUGAACGCCUUAUGGAUCGAGCAACUGGAAUUUUCAACGUAUUAUUAUCUAGGGCUGCCAAUACAGCACGUAAUUAUAUUCUUGAUCAAACAAAUGUUUACAAGAGUGCUCGUAACCGUAAACUAAGGGCAUUUGUGGAUUACCGUAAGAUUGCAGUGGUCAUUUUUCCUUCACAAGAUGAGCUUAGACUUCGUGCAGAACAACGUUUUAAAGAGAUGGGGAAAGAUGUACCUGCUGAAGCAGUAAAUGAGAUGAUAGCCAAUUAUAUUUUACCAACAACCAAGAACAUGCCUCCUUCAAAGGAGUUAUUUGAUGAGGUUAUUUUUAUAGAAUCUGGGAGGGAAGAGGCACAAAGACAAUUAGAUGACAUGAAACGUGCGCUAGUAUCUCCUAGUACGGGUGCAAAGCAAGAUCCCCCACAUUAUUCAUGUGAAAGUUCUUUUCAAUCAUUUCCUAGACCUAUUCUUAAUGUGAAAACUGCUUCAGGUAUGGGUGUGAACUGGCCAGCUUCCACGCCAUCUCCUCCAUUAUAUGAUAGCCGAAGUACUUUUCAAGUUAGUUCUUCAUAUUCAAGUGUGUAUUCAAGUCCUAGCUCCUUUCGAGAUCGCCAAAUAAUACCAGAUUACACUGGUCUGUCGACACAAAGAGACAACAUGUAUACUUCAAGUCAUGGAGCCAACUCUAGUCCUCAUGUGAGAUACAGUAGUCCAAACUUUUCUAGCAGAUGUGCCAGGUUAGACAGUCUUGGUUCCUCUAGGAGGCUCGAGUAUGAAAAUCCAACAAUGCCACCCUUGUACAGAAGUCCAGGUGUACAGUUCCAAGACACUAGGGUUCCAUAUGUCGGUCAUCAAUCCACUGGAUCAUGGUCACCACAAUAUGAGUUUCGAAGCCCUGCUCAAAGCAGCUAUGGUCUGAACUAUCAAUCUCCGCCGCCGAGGCUACCAUAUCGAUAUCCUCCUAACCAAAUGCGGCCGCCAUCUGGCCAAUGGUACCAGUAGGUAUCAAUCUCCGCCGCCGAGGCUACCAUAUCAAUAUCCUCCUAACCAAAUGCGGCCGCCAUCUGGCCAAUGGUACCAGUAGGUAGGUAGCUUACAUGAUGACUCGUGUCAUAUGUUUUAUCUUCUUAUUUGUAAUAGAGAAGGAAAAGUAUUCUAUGUCGAAACACUGAAAACACUCAAUCUGGUUCUGGUGUGACCAAUGUCUUGAAACACAGUUUACCAUGAGUGCUAGAUAAAGCUUUCUCGUUUGCUUA